UUUUUCCUCAAAUAUUAGUACUAACGAUUGAAAUCCAAUUCAAAAUUCUAAACAAAAUCAAAUCAAAGAACAUUCAAGAAAUAAAUGGAAAGCAAAUUCUAUGAUGCGACAUGAGCUAAAAUUAUAAGUCAACAGUCAACACCAAUAACUUCACAACCCAAAUUCAAAUUUGCUUUCUCCUUCAUGCCUUUCAAAAAUGAGUUCACACGUUCCCCUCUUUGUUAUAAAGUUUCAUCAAUUAAAUAUAAACGAACAUGCUUGCAAACCGGUUCAGACUGAACCGGUCCAAACUCAAACCAAGAAUUAAUCGGCGUUGUUAGUAGUGAAAGUCUGAAGAGGAACCAGGAUACCAGGUAAUACUAUAACCACCAUUGAUUUAUCUUUAUUACAAAAUCUACGGCUACAAAUGCUCCCUGAUGGUGGAGCCUUUAAGUAAGGUUGUGUUAAAUCCAAUUCAGAGAAUCAUAGAAGAAAAACUGAUCACUCUAUUGCGUUCAUGUAAAACCUGCGAACGUCUCCACCAGAUUCAAUCCCAAAUAGUAACCCAUGGACUCCAACACAACCAUUUCGUCGCACCCAGUUUCAUCACAACGUGUUCUCGACUCAGACGAAUGCACCAUGCACGAAAACUGUUUGAUCAAAUUCCCGAACCAAAUACUGCUACCUGGAACGUUAUGUUCCGUGGUUACUCCCAAAAUGAACGUCACCGUGACGCUGUUGUUUUGUUCGGGAAACUGAACCGUGCUGCUGCGAUGCCGAAUUGCUUCACGUUUCCGAUGAUCAUUAAGUCAUGUGCGAAGUCGAAAGGUUUUGUAGAAGGUGAAGAAGUUCAUUGUUGUGCUGUGAAGUGCGGGUUUAAGUCGAAUUCAUUUGUGGCUACUUCGUUGAUUGAUAUGUACUCGGUAAAGGGUUGUAUUGAAGAUGCUUAUAAAGUGUUUGGUGAAAUGCGUGAGAGGAAUGUUGUUGUUUGGACUGCUAUUAUAAGCGGUUAUAUAUCUUGUGGUGAUGUGGCUUUUGGGAGAAGACUUUUUGAUCUAGCGCCUGAGCGGGAUGUUGUAAUGUGGAGCAUUUUGAUUUCGGGUUACAUUGAAAUGAAGAAUAUGGUUGUUGCAAGAGAGCUUUUUGAUAAGAUGCCGAAUCGGGAUACGUUGUCGUGGAAUGCUAUGUUAAACGGUUAUGCUGCUAAUGGGGAUGUUGAGUUGUUUGAGAAGAUGUUUGAUGAAAUGCCGGAAAGGAAUGUAUAUUCUUGGAAUGGACUAAUUGGCGGUUAUGUAAAAAAUGACCUUUUUUCGGAUGCUUUGAAAACAUUUAAGCGGAUGUUGGUUGAGGGUCAUGUGGUACCUAACGAUUUCACGCUUGUGGCUGUGUUGUCUGCGUGUUCGAGAUUGGGAGCACUUGAUAUGGGGAAGUGGGUGCAUGUCUAUGCAGAGAGUAUUGGGUAUAAAGGAAACUUGUUUGUUGGGAAUGCUUUGAUUGAUAUGUAUGCAAAAUGUGGUGUUAUUGAAAAUGCGGUUGUCGUGUUUAACUCUUUGGAUAGAAAAGAUAUAAUUAGUUGGAACACUAUCAUUAAUGGACUAGCCAUACAUGGACACGCGCCCGACGCGUUGAGUGUGUUUGGUAGGAUGAAGAGUGAGGGAGAAGAACCGGAUGGGGUUACGUUUGUUGGAAUAUUGUCUGCUUGUACUCAUAUGGGUUUGGUUAAAGAUGGUUUUUUGUAUUUCAAAUCAAUGGUGGAUGAUUAUUCUAUUGUGCCUCAAAUUGAGCAUUAUGGAUGUAUGGUUGAUUUGCUUGGAAGAGCUGGUCUUUUAGACAAAGCAUUGAGUUUUAUAAGAAAUAUGCCAAUGGAACCUGAUGCUGUUAUUUGGGCUGCAUUACUAGGGGCAUGUAGGAUAUACAAGAAUGUUGAGAUAGCUGAAUUGGCUCUGCAGAGGCUCAUAGAACUUGAACCGAAAAACCCUGCAAAUUUCGUCAUGCUUUCGAACAUAUAUAAGGACUUGGGAAAAUGGGAAGAUGUUGCUAGAUUGAAGACUGCAAUGCGAGAUACUGGGUUUAGGAAGUUGCCAGGAUGUAGUGUUAUUGAGUGUAAUGAUAGUGUGGUGGAAUUUUAUUCAUUAGAUGAGAGACAUUCAGAAACAGAAAGUAUAUAUACGAUAUUGAAGGGAUUGACAGUGUUGUUGAGAUCACAUGGAUAUGUUCCAAAUCUCACGGAUGUUGCUCAAAGAAUCUGAAUGAUAGGAUAGGAGUUAUGAGUGAAUAAGUGUAAUCACUUAUUUGUUCUUGCUAAACCGAAUAUUCUCUCCGCGCCACUGUAGAUACUAUAAUGGAUGAUAAAGUUCUCCUUCAAGAAUUUUAGCUUUGCAGCCUUUUCCGGAUUGAAUUCAAACUCUUGUUCUCUAGUGAAGAUGGCAGAAACUCAGAUUAUUUCAUCAAAGUGCUUUUGGAUUGAAUAGUCAACUCUUUAUGAAGUGCCUCUUACAGUCCGACUUCUUUAUGGGACUUGUUUUAAAAAUCGAUUUUUUGGCCUCUGAAAUGAUGAAAAUAAUGCAUGCAAAAUCUCUAUGAAUAUCUAUCGGAAAGGAAAAUUUCCCAAAAUUUAUCCUAACUCACUCAUGGGAUGUUUAUAGAAUUCGUAAAAGUUACACUUGGUAUAAGAAAUAUUACUAACACAAGACCACUUUCAAACCUUCAGUUUUAUAUUCCAACCUAAAUUCAAAACACUUGGUUUAGCUCCGUUAAAAAUUAUCUCGUUCCUAUAACAUCAAAUACAUCACAACACAGCUAACCAAAUACCACAAGCUUUAUCUUUCAAAACUCCCACUUUGCUACACUCCGUUAACCAUAAACCCAAACUGUUAGAGAGAGUACCUCCUGAUAGAACAUAGGUAAGAUAGAGAAUAUUAUUUUAUUAAUGAAUGUGAAAACAUAAUGAAUUUCCAGAGCUACUGCUCUUCAGUCAGAAAAAGAAUUCUCUCACUGUCCAACCAUAAUAUGAAAACAGAAAGUAAAAAUAAUGAUACUAGUUAUUGCCCCAUACACUCCUUGUUAGACGCUGGCCUAAGGAUCUAGAGGGGGGGUGAAUAGAUCCUACACAGUUUUUCCGGAAUUUUUACAGACUAUAGCGAAAGCGGUUCUGAAUCGACUUGCGUCUAUUCCGGACCGCUAU